AUAGAAAUAUCGCGGAGCACGCCAUCUAUAGCAAAACCCGAUAAUACAGUCGAUUGUCUUGCAGCACGUCGGACUGGUGGUAGUAAUUUUCGCAAAAAAAGUUGCCAUACAGUCAGUAAUUUAUAGAGGAUUCCUAUAAGUGUAAGCGGCAAGCAGCAACGGAGCAGGCAAUAUCCGAUUAGACAGGAAUCUAUCUGACUAUACAAAUUACAUUAGAAACCCGGAAGAGCGCACGCAGAACCUAACGAAGCAGACGUAGCAGAAGAGAAAGAGACUUAGGACAAAGCAACCGAAGGGAGCCCCAUCAUUUACAGCUAUACAUAUACAGCUUAACAUAUAUAUAUAUAUAUAUAUACAUAUAUAUUUUGUGUGUCUCUUGUGUGCGUGUGUCUGUCUGUGUACUAUACAAAAUUUCUGUUUUGUUUCGCGUGUGUAGUGUUGUAUAACAGCACAGGAGAACAGAGAGAAAGAGAGAGAGACAGAUCAAACAGGAUCCAAUAAACAGAAGCACCGUAAACUAACAGAGCUCAACAACCCAACUACAGAGAGAGAGGCCUUCACGAACUCCGUGACGCUUCCAACUAAAAAAAGAGAGAGAGAGAGAGGAGGAGGAGGAAUUGUAAUUUUUUUCGCUCCCAAGUCGAUAGAGAAAAAUUAUCACCAUUCCACUAUCAACGUACGACGCCGCUCCCCUUUUGCACACUUACGACGAUAGUCCGCAACGUUGGGCUAACGGUACAAGCAACGGGCAUCAGGCAGGCGUCAUCAUAGAUCAGUUUCGCCACAGCGCCAAAACGAUCACCAUUGAGGGAGGCACCAGCACCGGUGACACGACGAGCAUCGGCGGCGGCGUCAACGAUUUGCGUUUGAUAAUAACGGCCCAACCAAACGAUAUUAUCGAGCGCAAUUACGACCAAUUGACCAAUCGCGGCGGUGGAGGCGGAGGCGGCGGCGCCGUUCUAGGCGUCACCAGCAGCAGCAGCGGCAACAGCAGCAGCAACAGCGGCAGCGGAGGCCAAACACCACCGACACCACAAACGACAACGGCGUCAACUGGCCAAAAGACUCUGCUCAACACAAGUCCCAAUCUAUUGCCCAUAACCACUGCAACCGAUACGUUCAACAAUCUCAAGAAUCUGGUCAAGAUCGACAAGGGCACAACAAACGCCACGAAUCACACGGGCGGCAACUAUCGUGCCAACAAAUCAGCAACUGGGAACAGCAGCAGCAACGAAUCGCCGUUGGGCGGACGGAACGGCAGCCGUACGAGCGGAGGAUCAGGCAGCGGCGGCGGCUCAUCAGCAGUUGCUGGCGUAGGCGGACAAAUUGGUGGCCCAAGCGGACACUACUCCACUGGCUAUAAUAAGAAUACCGUCAAAAUUCGUCAACACGAUUCGGAGCUAAGCCCAAGACCUCGACGAUCAUAUCAAAACGAUUCGUCGUCGUCGCGUUACUAUAACAAAAAUAGUGACAUUUUGGGUACAAGCGGCAACAACAACAACAACAGCAACAGCAGCAACGUUAACAGCAGCAGCAGCGGCGGCAACAACAGCGGCAGCGGCGUCGGCGGCAGUCAGCAAACGCUGAACGCUGAUAGCAACUCGAGCAACUAUAACGGGAGUCUGGGAGUCCAUCGUGGUAGUCGCAACAACUAUCACACGAGCUCCGAUGGCGUCAGCUACAAUCGCAAUCUAAGCACCAAUUCGGGCAGCAGCUAUCGCAGCGGCGGGCGCUACGAGACGGUCAAUGGCAAUGGCAACAGUAGCGGCAACAUCAACAACAGCAGCAGCAGCGGACAGCAGCAACAACAGCAACAACAACAGCAGCAGCAACAACAACAGCGUCAUUACAGCAGCAACAACUCGGCAAUUGGCAAGUCAAAUUACGGACAACAACGCGGUAACAACGAUGGCAGCAACAACAGCAGCAGCAGCAAUGCUGGCCACAGCCUGAGCGGACGCUAUCGCGACGACUACAAUCGGGAUAAUCGGGACAAUUAUAGGGACAGCUACGCAGACGAAUCGCCGGCACAUCAACGCUAUAGCGGAGGAGGAGGCGGCGCCGGUGGAGGCGGCGGCGGAGGAGGAGGCGGCGGCGAACGCAACGGACACGCAUCAUCAAAUCGUUAUCGCAGCAACAACAACGAGGAGCGUUACGAUCGUGGACAAAGCUCGAGGCACCAGCAACAACACCAACAACAACAGCAGCAGCAACAGCAACAACAAAGCUACAAAUCCACAACACCACCGCCAACAACAGCAUCAGGAGGAGGAGCAGGAGCAGGAGCAGCAGGAGGAGGAGCAUCAACAGCCACAUCAGCACCAGCUGCAGCUGGACAACAGCAGCAACAACAACAGCAGCAACAACAACAGCAGCAGCAGCAACAACAACAGCAGCAGCAGCAGCCCAUAACUGGCCGCUGGAUACCGCCAUCGCUGCGUCCACAGCAUGGCCUGACGCAGAGCGAGAAAAAUGAUGCAGUUUUCCGGCGUGUGCGCGGCAUAUUGAAUAAAUUGACGCCCGAAAAAUUCCAGGAGCUGAGCGAUGAACUGCUCAAGCUCGAUCUUAACUCAAUUGUCAUACUGAACGGUGUCAUCUUGCUGAUCUUCGAUAAAGCCUUGGACGAGCCCAAAUACUCGUCUAUGUAUGCACAGCUGUGCAAGCGUUUGUCCGAGGAAGCGCCAUCAUUUGAAAAGGAUCCAAACAAUUCGUGCACAUUUCUGCGUCUGCUGAUCGCCGUCUGUCGCGAUAAGUUCAAUAAUCGCCUGAAGCGGGAUGAGGCAAACGAUAAUCGACCACCGCCCGAGAAUGAGGCCGACGAGGAGGAGCGACGUCAUUUGGCCAAACAGCGAAUGCUGGGCAAUGUCAAGUUUAUUGGUGAGCUCAAUAAGCUGGAUAUGCUAUCCAAGAACGUAUUGCACGCGUGCAUUAUGGAGCUAUUGGAUAAGAAGAAGAAGCGUACGGCCGGUGCGCAGGAAAUGUGCGAGGACAUGGAAUGCCUGGCUCAAUUGCUCAAGACUUGCGGCAAGAAUCUGGAUUCAGAACAGGGCAAAGAGCUGAUGAACCAGUAUUUUGAGACGUUGGAACGUCGUUCAAAAUCAACUGAAUAUCCACCAAGGAUACGCUUUAUGCUAAAGGAUGUCAUCGAGCUGCGACAAAAUCAUUGGAUACCACGCAAGGUUGGCGGCAGCUCCGACGGACCCGUCCCCAUAAAGCAAAUACGCUCGGACGACGACUCAAUCAUCCGCACGCCAUUCGCCAAUCGCAAUCGCGAUAUGCGCAACAAUGAUCGCGACAACGACAGCUGGAUGAAUCGUUUCCAUUUGAAUAUACAGCCCGGCGGCUACAAUGACAUGUUCAGCGGGCUGAGUGUGACGGGCGCAUCGCCAAUUGUAUCGCCUUUUGCUACAAGCGCUAACAAUCGGGAUCGGGAUCGUGAUCGUGAUAAUCGCCAGUACAACAAUCGCGAUCGCAAUCGUGAUCGUGACGGCGGCAACAGCGGUGGCAGCGGCGGCGGCGGAGGAGGAGGAGGAGGCGGCGGCGGCGGUGGCAACUACAACAAUCGCUACAACAACAAGCACAGCAAUCAGAACGGUGCUGGCAAUGGCGGAGGAGGAGGAGGAGGCGGCGGAAGUGGAGGUGGUGGCGGUGGCAACAAUCGCGACGAUUCUCGCGGCAGCGGCGGCUCGCACCGGAACAACGAUCGGAACAAUGAUCGCAACAAUGACGGGCAAUACGGCAGCGGAAAUCAGCUGAUGCUGGGCGGCAAAGAAUUGGCGCCGCGUUUUAAGCGCAAUUUGAUGACAACCAAUCAGGAUUCGGUUGAGAAUCUGCAAAUGCGCCCGGCGGCCAACUCGUUGCUGUUCCGUGCCGCAUCACAGAAUCAGAAAUUUCCGGCCACGCUGCCCAUCUCGACGCCACCCAGCGGCAACUCCAGCACGCAGCAGUCGUCGUCGUCGCAGCUGUCCAACUCGCAUUAUCCGCUGUUGGGCACGCCCACAUCGCAUCUGAUGAACAAUCCGACGCGUCCAUCGUCCACACCCUCGGCCGAGUAUGGUGCGGCGGACAAUCGUUCGCUGCUCGCGACCCAUCAGCUGGGCGAGAAGAGCCUCAAGGCGACAUCCUCGUCGCCCAACUUCGGCACAGCCGGCCAGUUAACUGCAGCUGAGCACAGCAUGGAGCAGAAGAAGACAAUUGCGGGCGGUGACAGCAGGGAGCAGCUAGCAAAGAAUGGCGCAUUCGAGCGACCCACAACACCGUCAGGCUCCUCCAACUCGAGCAAGCAGCAGCAGCAGCAGAAGAAGGACAAGGGACCCAGCAAGGAGGAGAUGACUAAGAAGGCCACGGCCUACUUUAAGGAGAAGUUCUACUACGAGGAGCAAGAUGAUGAACCAACUGUAAAUGAUGAAAUUACGAUCGAAGAGCCAAUCGAAUCGGAAACAACAAUGGUGGAAGCCACAAAACCGGAUCAAUUUAUGGAACUGGUUGAGGGUUUCGUUGAGCUAAAACUGCCGGAGAAAUCACUGAAGGAUGUGUGCCUCAAUCUGCUGAUGGAGGUGCUGGACCGUGUGAAUGAUGUAUACCUGGAGCGUAUCGUGCGCUUCCUGCAGACAUUGCGCAAACUGUCCAGCAUUAAGCCGAAUGUCAUCGUUGAGAUCUUCAAGCAGCUGGUGAACAAAAUGAACGAGCGCGAGGCACUGAAUCCACGGAUAACCGCUCUGGUCGCCUCGGUGCUGAGCAAGGCGGUCUGUGAGCCGGCACUGAUUAAGCUAAAUGACAUUGCCAACUAUACGGACAAUGGACAGCAUUAUCCGUUGUUUUUGCUCGUGCUGCAGCAGCUGCACAAGACAAUUGGCAAGGAUGCGCUCGAGGAGAAGUUCCGUGCCAGCAAAAUCGAUUUAAUGAACAGCCUGCCCGAAGUGGAUCGCAACAAGGAGCGUUUGGCUGAAAUUCUCGAGGAUCGACAGCUGUCGUUCCUCUAUCCGCUGCUCAAGGUCCAAGCCGAGAUGCUGAAGCAGCUGCAGAGCGAUCCGAAUCCAAACAGUUUUUACAAAUGGGUCAAGGCCAAUGUGGACAACAAAUACUACAAGGAUCCGGGCUUUAUACAGGCCCUCAUGACCGUUGUGGUCAAGUAUAUAACCAAGGAGACAACACUCGCCAGCAACAUGGACCCCAAGGAGCAUCCCGAGAAGUCGGUCACCCAAAAGGAACAGGCCAUGCUGGAGACCUACAGCCAGAUGCUGCAGACCUUCCUCAGCCAAAACGAAUUGCAACUAAUGGCGCUCUACGCCCUGCAGCUCUUCUGCUACAACGAGAACUUCCCCAAGGGCAUGCUUUGUCGCUGGUUUAAAUAUCUGUACGAUUCCGAGAUCAUUGAGGAGGAGGCAUUCGUUUUAUGGAAGGAGGAGAUUUCUGACAAAUACCCAGGCAAGGGCUCGGCGCUGUUCCAAGUGAACGCCUGGUUGACUUGGCUCCAGGAGGCCGAAUCUGAGGACGAUGAGGAUUGAAAUACCCAAUAUGCAUAAUAACCACACACACACACACACUAUAUAUGUAAUAACACUUC